AACCAUUCACGUUUUGUCUUGUCUCCUUUCUCCCGAGCAUUUGAACUCUCAACACCACCGCUUCGGUGUACGAUACAAUGGAUCUUCACGACGCAUAUGUUCUUCUCAACUGGUCAGCCGGGGAGCUGUCUACUCGGUUUCAGCGUGUUCCCGGCUCACAAAUUCUCUUACGCUACAUCAAAAGCUCAUACCAAAACGAUCCUGUUCGCAGUGUUGUUGAGUUGUGUUUGUUUCUCUUCGCAGUUAGGUACCUCCUAGCUCCUCGAUAUUCGACCACCCAGAAGGGGGCUGUUGAGCUCACGGAGGAUGAGAUUGACGAACUUGUUGAGGAUUGGACCCCCGAACCACUUGUACCAGGCCUUACGGAGGUUGAACAAGCUGAGAAUGAGAAGCGCCCGGUAAUUGUUGGACCCACAGGCCCCAAGGUCAAACUUUCUAACGGCCGUACCGUCAAUAAUUUCGCCUCUUAUAACUUCUUCAACUUUGUUUCCAAUGAGCUUUUGAAAGACCGUGCCGUCCAGGUUCUCCGCAACUACGGUGUCGGUGCUUGUGGUCCUCCAAAUUUCUAUGGAACUCAGGAUGUUCACAUGGACACGGAACGGGACAUUGCUAAAUUCCUUGGUAUGCCAGCAUGCAUUAUUUAUGCACAAGCAUUCUCUACGAUCUCUUCUGUCAUUCCGGCUUUUUCCAAACGUGGCGAUAUCAUCGUUGCCGACAAGGCAGUCAACUUUGCAAUUCAGAAAGGACUACAAAUCUCUCGAAGCACUAUUAGGUGGUAUGAGCACAACGACAUGGAGGACCUGGGGAGGGUGCUCGAACAAGUCAAGAGGGAUAUGGCUAGAAAGCCUUUGACAAGAAGGUUUAUUGUUACAGAGGGGCUAUUUGAGAACACUGGUGAUAUCGUUGAUCUGCCGGCCAUCAUUGAACUCAAGCAGCGUUACAAGUACCGUCUAAUCCUCGAUGAAUCUUACUCCUUUGGUGUCCUCGGCCGUACCGGGCGUGGUGUCACUGAACAUCAGAAUGUUGACCCUCAGUCUGUGGAGAUGCUCGUCGGCUCGCUCGCUCAUGGUAUCUGUUCUGGUGGGGGGUUCUGUGCGGGAAGUCCAGAAGUCGUUGAUCACCAACGUAUUUCAAGCUCCGCUUAUGUAUUUUCUGCCGCUCUUCCAGCUAUGCUCGCCGUUACUACAUCGGAGACCCUCAAGCUGCUCGAGGGAAAUCCUCAGGUUUUAACGGCGUUGAGAGAGAACAUUAAAGCCUUUAGAAAUCAGAUGGAUAGAUGUGAAUAUGUCGAGUGUACUAGUUCUUUGGAUAAUCCAGUCUGCAUGUUCAUCCUCAAGCGAGAUGGCCUUGAGGGAAGGAUAUUUGGUAAUGAAGAAAAGAUCUUGAUGGACAUUGUUGAUGAGGCUCUCGCAAAUAGUGUCAUGAUCUCACGUGUCAAGCACAUCUAUGAAACUCAAGGCACUAAGCCUUUCGGCUGGAGAUGUGUACCAUCCUUCAAGGCUUGCAUAACCAUUGGCCAUACCAAGAAAGAAGUUGAGAAAGCCGGAAGUGUGGUUAGACAAGCUGUCGGGAAAGUGAUGGCACGGUUGAAGAAGUAG